CACAUAUUUCGUGAAACAAUUCAUUUCAUUGGAUACUGAUCGAUAUAGCAUUCUAACCUCCAUUCCGGAAGUUAGCGAAGAUCUCAAAUUGAUUUCUUCCUGAACUUUAACUUGUCCAGCCUCAACAGGAACCAACAUGUCUGACCAACAGCUGGAUUGCGCUUUAGAUUUGAUGAGAAGACUUCCACCACAACAGAUAGAAAAGAAUUUGACAGAUUUAAUUGAUCUUGUUCCAACUCUUUGUGAAGAUUUGCUUUCAUCUGUUGACCAACCCCUUAAAAUUGCCAGAGACAAACAACUUGGGAAAGAUUAUUUAUUAUGUGAUUACAACAGAGAUGGAGACUCAUACAGGUCUCCCUGGAGCAAUACCUACGAUCCUCCCUUGGAUGAUGGAACCCUGCCUUCGGAUAGACUGAGAAAACUGGAGAUCGAUGCCAAUACUGCCUUUGAUCAGUACAGAGAAAUGUACUUUGAAGGAGGAGUUUCCUCUGUAUACUUAUGGGAUUUAGACCAUGGAUUUGCUGGAGUUAUAUUAAUAAAAAAGGCAGGUGAUGGAUCCAAGAAAAUUAAGGGCUGCUGGGACUCAAUUCAUGUUGUGGAAGUUCAGGAGAAAUCCAGUGGACGAAGUGCCCACUAUAAGUUAACCUCCACGGUUAUGCUAUGGCUACAGACCAGCAAGGAUGCCUCAGGAGUGAUGAACCUGGGAGGGAGUUUGACCCGCCAGGUGGAGCAGGAUGCCACAGUCAGCGACGCCUCCCCCCAUAUCGUCAAUAUCGGCAAAAUGGUGGAGGAUAUGGAAAACAAAAUUAGGAACACAUUGAAUGAGAUUUACUUUGGUAAAACCCGAGACAUAGUCUAUGGCCUUCGCUCAUUCAUUCCCCUAGGAGACAUGAAGAAACAAGAUGCACUCCGAAAUGACCUGGCAGCAGCAUUAUCAAAGAGAAGUGCAGCACAAUAAUAGACUUUUAGUAAUACACAGAACAACAGUGAGCACAUUUACGAUGGCUGAUCAUGUUUUCAUCUUAACACCUUUUUUUUCAUCGAGGGUGCAUAUGUACAAGUCUCCCGGCAUAGGACGCAAGUUCAUUUACUGUAAAUACGUGAUAUUUAUCGACUCGAUAUGCAAGAAUGUUGGCGGGAUCAACAGAAAUUAUGAACGAAGCAAGCCAUUUUUUCUUUCAGUGCUAUACUAGAAAUCUUUUAAAAUGAAAAUAUGUAUUCUGCUGUUUAUAUAUUUGAAUGUUGAUUUAUGUCUACAGAACCCUAAGAUACACAUAAGAGUUAAUCCAGCAAAGCCAUUCCUAACACAAAUUCUGAAGUUGAGAUUUUAUUUGAAUUUAGAACAUCUCUUCUGUUUAUUGAAUGUGUUAUACAUUAUACAAGUAAAUGCAUUUUUAUACAA